AUGGAUCGUGAUAACAACGUCGAUAUAGAGGACAAUAUCGACGGCCAAGAAAAUAAUGAGGCUCCUGUUGUCAGGCUCGAUUUUGAUAAAAUCUUCAAAAUGGCAGAAGAUCCAGAUCUUGAAGACUUAUUAAGAAGCCCAUUAGAUGAAGCACUGAUAAAUUUAGAAACUGGAAAAGAAAUUAAGCAAAUUUCUGCAAUUCAUUCAUUUCCGGAUAUUCUUGACUCAUCUGAUGGUGAGGAAUGCCUCCAGAAAAUGCUACCAGCUAUUCAAGAAUGUUUAAAAAAUGAUAAAUCAAACUUGGAUUUACAUUGCGAGGCUGCUGUUAUUUAUAAAUCUGUAAUUCAAAACGAGAAGCUUGUCAAAAAGUUUAGUGGACUCAUUGACACCAUACUGGACAAUAUUCUACAAAAUAUUCAAAAUCAGAAAGAACACCAAACUCAAGAAAAGGAUAAAGUUGUGAUCCGCGCCACAGCUCAUCAAGUGCAUCAUUUGAGCGCAACUGCUUGGCUCGAGACAAUUGUCGAUAUAGCUGAUCGACUUUCGGUAUCAUCUAUAAAACAAUUUGUGAUACCCGUUCUUCAACACCAAGCAGAUCCUGUUCAACGAGUUCAGAGAAGGAUUAUCGCCACAAAAAUGAUUAACAAAUUAGGCGCGAUUUUGCCGGAAAAUGAAAUCCGCAAAGAAAUAUGCCCAAUCGUCGCAACUCUAUGUAAAGACGCGAACUCGAAUGUGAGAGUAGCGAUUGCUCAAAAGCUCGCUCUGGUAGCGAAAGCAUUAAAAAAUCCUCGCGAUGUUGUAUCGUGCUUGCUGCCUUGCUACAUGCAGUUGCUUCCCGAUGAGGAGAUUAACGUGAAAGAAGCUGCGAUGAACAGUCUAACCGAAUCUCUUUCGCUUUUCACUAAAGAUGCCAAGAAGCAUGCAUUGUUUUCGACCAUUAAAAAACUAACCGAGCAGAGUCUUGAGAAGAAAGACGAAUCGCUGAUUGCAAUUAUGCGAAAUUUUGGAAAAUGGUGCUGGGAAUUGAAUGAUAUUCUCGAUCAACUUGACAAAUCGUGGAUGUUGAACGCAUAUUGCAAAAUUGUAAAUAUCUCGAAUGAAAAAUGCGAAGGAGGCGAUAGAAAUAUUCGGAUGGUUCUCAAAAGAGCAUGUGUUUUCAACUUGCCGUGCAUGAUGAUGAUGUUUAAAAAACGUGUAGAUCGUUUGGCCCCAUUCGUUGAGAUGUUCUGCACCGAUCCUGAUGAGGAUGUUCGGAUGUCGAUUGCCGCCUCUUAUCAUGAAAUUCUUACUCUUUUUCCUGAUAUGAGCGAAUUAAUCCCGCCAUUUACUGAAUUGUUGCAUAGUGGAUCACCAGAUGUCAUUGCUAAGGUAGCCAAUAAUAUGACUCAAAUUCUUCCAACACUAUAUGAAAACGUGAAGAAAAACUCGAAUAAAACGUCAACGAAGCAUUUGGACCGUCUGGUUCUAGGAUGCAAUGCGAUUUUGAGGAAUACAAGCACUUGGAGGAGUCAUGAUUCUCUUUUAAGAAGCAUUCGAAUCCUUCCAAAUUUGGUUUCGCAGGAUGUUAUUACGGACACAUUUGUACCAUUACUCAAAAACGAAAUUCUCCAAGUGAGAGCGAUUCCGUGUAGAAUCACCGCUAGCGAGUCAUUAUUACUUCUCAUGAAAACCAUUUCUAGUAAAGAAUCUCGAGAUGAGAUUAUUCGAUUCUUUAAAAAAGAUUUGUCAACUCACAAAUGUUGUUACCGUAGAAUAGUUUACCUCGAUGUUGCUGAAAUGGUUUUGAACAUCUUCAGCAAGAGGAUAUUCAUCGGAAAUUUUCUGGAUGAUGUUAUUCGACUUACAUCAGAUCCUGUUUCAAAUAUAAGAAUUCGUGCUAUUCGGUUCCUUCCAAAAAUCAAGACAAAAUUGCAAUUACCAGAAGAUAACGAAACUCUACUGAAGAUUGAACAGGCUGUUAAGGACAUGCUGAAAUCAGAUUUGAACGAUUGCACUAGAAACCUUGUGAAUCAAGCCGCCGUUGAACUAUCGAGAUGUGAGACCUGUUCGACAUCGGACAAGUCAGACAUCGCUAAAGUGAAAGAAGAAGACGAGCGAUGGUCGAAGAAUAUGGAAUCGUCUGUGACGGUGAUAAGAAAAGGCAUAAAAACGAAAAAGUCAAUGGAAAAGAACGGUGACGAUGAAGAAGAGGAAGAAGUAUGGCGACCGUCAGGACUUCGAACGCCGUCUACUUCUUACAAAUCAGCGCCAUGGAGAACUGAACGAAAAGCGAUUGCUGUUGUCCGACCACAACCUGUUAUUACAGUACGAUCACAGUCGCCUGCUCCAAUGUCAUACCGUAGUCCGAGUCCUGCCCCGAAAGACACCAGCCGGCCAAGUCGCCUACCGCUAAGCUGUGCUGCCAUGGAACGAGAUAAGUUACGGAAAGCGGCCACCGAAACACCACCGCCGCCCGUGCGGGCAUCACGAUCAUCUUCCGUUAAUCCAAAUCGACGAUCCGAUGCCAUGACGUCAUCAACGUCUUCUAUUGAAUCUACUUCAUCUCUUCCACCGGCUAAUACUGGAUUUGGUCUUAGAAGAUCCGCCACUUCAAGCAACACGUUUGGUGGAGUUUCUUCUGUUUCCUCGUCAUCAUAUUCGUUGAUGCAUACUAGGUCAACCUCAAAUCUUCGUCGACCGACUUAUGGACUUUCUCAUGUUCAGACAUCGACCAAAUUUGAACGAAAGCCAUCGCUUGUAUCAUUGCGUGUUAGAAAUCUUGAAUCUUAG